GUCAUGAUGCUCAUACUCUGUCUCACCUCUAUCCUCCAUAUAUACAUCCCUCCCGGAUAAGCCUCCUCUUUUCUUUUCUUUUCUAUUAGUUCCUUGUGUUCUCUGCUCUUCGGUCUGGGUUUCCUUACUCGUCUCGUGAUACCAAUACCUCCUCGAUCUGCGAUCGACUUGACUGCCGGCCACUCGACCCAACACAUACACUACACAACCACAACCAUGCAUGCCUCACUACUCUUCGUAUCGGCACUAGCCGCCUCCGUCUGGGCUGCCCCUACCUAUCCCAAGAUCGACAAGGCUGCCAGCAUCCCUGACAACAUCCGCACCGUCUCCGAAUAUUUCAACAUGCUCGCCUCGAAGGUGCAGGACAGCCGGUUACUCGACAUCCCGCCAGUCUGCGAUCUCUCCCAGGUCUCCCUCCCAGCCGGCGCCGCUGGCCUCCCAUCACCAUCCCCAGACCUCCACCUCCAACACAUCGCCAUCGGCCGCGGCACACAAAACUACACGUGCGAUCCAGCGGAACCCGAGGCGGCACCCAAGGCGGCGGGCGCGCUAGCAACGCUCUUCAAUGCGUCCUGCCUGGUAGCGACGAGCCCGGAGCUGGCCAACGCCCUCACACGGGCGGCGCUGCACUUCGAGGUGGCGCAGAGCGACGCGAGCGAGCAGCUGGCGCCGUCCAACAUCGGGCUCAGCGGCGUGCACUUCUUCACCGACGCCACCACCGCGCUCUUCAAGCUGGACGUCGCGCCCGCCCUGCAGAUCGGCGAGCUGCCCUGCGGCAAGAACGCGAGCGUCGCCGCCCCCGUCGACGCGCCCACCGGCCUCAAGGGCGAGGGGGCUGUUGCGUGGCUCAAGCUGGAUGCGAAGCCUGGUGCUACCGGUGGCCUGCAGGAGGUCUUCCGCGUCGAGACCGUGGGUGGCAGCCCCCCCGCGACUUGCAAUGGCUUGCCGAGUACCUUCGAGGUGCAGUAUUCGACACAGUGAGUUCCCCC